CGAAUUAAGGUGUAGAGCGAGCUAAAAUAUGUACUUUUAUAGAUACUCGAGCACUCGAGCAUCUUUAUCAAACACAACAAAUUCCGCUACCACAACGACGCCACUGAUGAUUUCAUCGCAGUGAUUCUUGUUGAUCAAAGAAAUGUUAGUACAUUAUGGGUUUCUCACAUUUCAGCCGAAGAAUAUUCUAGAAAUCCUCAAUCGUUAGCUCGUAGCAGCUGGUUGUCGCUUUAUUUGCGCCUUACGCCUAGGCCCCAGGCGAGGCCUAUGCGCCUUGGAUAACUAUGGUCAGUACGCGUUCUAAAUCUUUAUCUAAUUCAGAACCUGUUAAGAUACCGACCGACCGUUAUGCCUGGAUAAGGUAUGGUCGGACACCACUGAAGAGUACUGACGGGUUUCGAAGCUAUUAUAAAUGCAAACACAGUGCUUGUCAAGCUAAGAAGGUGGAGUACUGUGAUAAAUGUAAUUCCAUUAUAGACGUAGUUUAUAAAGGCCAGCACAAGCAUGAUUCACCUAAGAAAGUGAUUUUAAAGGGAGGUAACGUUUUAUCAACCGCAAAAUCACUAAAAAGAAGAUUAAUCCCAACGCAUGGAUUAGAGGAACAUCUGAUCGAAGCUGUGCGUAAUGAUGACGCAACAACUGUUAUAGCUCCGCCCACUUUGAACAGGAUCACAAGAUCACGAGCGAUACCUGCCACAACAAAGGCGAAUGCUGAUGUGGCAGAAGCGGUGCAAAACGUAACCACUCGUUCUAAACCUUUAUCUGCUUCAAAACCUAUUAAGAUACCGACCGACAGUUAUGCCUGGUUAGUAUAUGGUCGGACGAAGGUGAAGAGUCCUGAAGGUUCUCGAACCUAUUUUAGAUGCAAAUACAGUGUCUGUCAAGCUAAGAAGUUGGUGCGCCAUGAUCAAUAUCAUUCCAUUAUAGACGUAGUUUAUAAAGGCCAACACAAACAUGAUCCACCUAAUAUAGUAACUUCAAAGGGACGUAAGGUUCCAUCAACUACAAAAUUGCUUAAAGGAAAAUCAAUAUUAACCAUUGGAUCAAAGGAACAUCUGACUGACGUUGUGCAUAUUGAUGGCUCAGAAAUAAAGCAGAGAUUAAAGAGAAACAGCUCAGAAAGUUCUGUCGUCAAACAUCCAAAAAAACCAAAGUUUAUUGUACAUGCAACUGCUGGCACGAAAGCAUCAGCAGAUAGCUACAAAUGGAGGAAGUAUCGGCAGAAGAUGGCAAAGGGAAAUUCUCACCCCAGGAACUGCUACAAGUGCACUUUUCCUGGAUGUACAGUCAAGAAACACAUGGAAAAAGUUGUCGAUGGUUCAUCACAAGUAAUCAUAAUAUACAAAGGACUGCAUAAUCACGACAUUCCCGCUGCUUCCUCACACUCCAAGAUAAGGGUUCCAUCUUCAUUCACACGAUCGCCAGUAAUGCCUGCCACACCAACGGCGAAUGCUGAUGUGGCGGAAGCGGAGCCGAAGGCAACCACUCAUUCUAAAUCUUUACCUAUUAAGAUACCGACCGACGGUUAUGCCUGGAUGAAGUAUGCUCGGAGACAACUAAAGAGGCGUGACUGUUUUCGAAGCUAUUCUAAAUGCAAAUAUAGAGCCUGUCAAGCUAAGAAGGUGGAGUUAUGUGAUCAAUUUAAUUCUGUUAUAGAAGUAGUUUACAGAGGCCAGCACAAGCAUGAUCCACCUAAGAAAGAGAUUUUAAACGGUGGUAAGGUUUUAUCAACUGCAAAAUCACUAAAAGGAAAGUCAAUUUCAACGGAUGGAUUAAAGGAACAUCCUAUUGAAGUUGUGCAUAUUGAUGGCUCAGAAAUAAAGCAGGGAUUAAAGAGAAACAGCUCAGAAAGUUCUGUCGUCAUACAUCCAAAAAAACCAAAGUUUAUUGUACAUGCAACUGCUGGCACGAAAGUAUCAGCAGAUAGCUACAAAUGGAGGAAGUAUCGGCAGAAGAUGGUGAAGGGAAAUUCUCACCCCAGGAACUGCUACAAGUGCGCUUUUGCUGGAUGUACAGUCAAGAAACACAUGGAAAAAGUUGUCGAUGGUUCAUCACAAGUAAUCAUAACAUACAAAGGACUGCAUAAUCACGACAUUCCCGCUGCUUCCUCACACUCCAAGGAAAGGGUUCCAUCUUCAUUCACACAAUCACCAACGAUGCCUCCCACACCAGCGGCGAAUGCUGAUGUGGCAGAAACAGAGCAGAAGGCAACCACUCGUUCUAAAUCUUUAUCUACUUCAAAACCUAUUAAGAUACCGAUCGACAGUUAUGCCUGGAUGAAGUAUGCUCGGAGACAACUGAAGAGUCCUUAUGGUUUUCGAAGCUAUUCUAUAUGCAAACACAGAGCCUGUCAAGCUAAGAAGGUGGAGUUAUAUGAUCAAUUUAAUUCUGUUGUAGACGUAGUUUAUAAAGGCCAGCACAAACAUGAUCCGCCUAAUAUAGUGAUUUCAAAGGGAGGUAAGGAUUUAUCAACUGCAAAAUCACUAAAAGGAAAAUCAAUCUCAGAAGUUGUGCAUGUUGAUGGCUUGGAAAUAAAGCAGAGAUUAAAGAGAAACAGUUCAGAAAGUUCUGUCCUCAAACAUCCAAAAAAACCGAAGUUUAUUGUACAUGCGGCUGCUGAGACAAAAGUAUCAUCAGAUAGCUACAAAUGGAGGAAGUAUCGGGAGAAGAUGGUGAAGGGAAAUCCUCAUCCCAGGAACUGCUACAAGUGCGCUUUUGCUGGAUGUACAGUCAAGAAACACAUGGAGAAAGUUGUUGAUGGUUCAUCACAAGUGAUCAUAACUUACAAAGGGCUGCAUAAUCACGACAUCCCCGGUGCUUCCUCACCAUCCAUGAAAAGGGGAUACUCAGCCACCACUGAAUCAGCCAAGACAAAGAAGUCAGCUUGAACCCUUUCGAGUGACGGGUUUGAUGUCAUACGUCGCUGAUAACCCACAACUCAGUAAGUAGCAUUAACUGGCCUGUUGUUGUAUAUGAGUUUUAUGGUAGAUUGUUGUCACAUGGUGUAGACUUUAGUGGUCACAGAUGAUUCUUGCUAAUUAAUUAAUUAAUGUGGCCAGUUGAUGGAACACAUUGGUGGUCCGUGGCGUGACAACGAGCCAUCAUCAUCUAUCUUGGUUUAGACUUGUUUGUGUGACAUUUAGUUUUGCAAGAAUCAUUGUAACAUUUGAAGAAAAGGAAA